AUGACUAGCCUUUCAUUCGCUUUGCUUCCUUUGUUAGCGGGGGUUGUCUUGCUACUCCUUAAGCUAGUCAAGGUUGGCUCUAGGCCUGCCGGAUACCCACCUGGGCCUCCAACGCUGCCUCUGCUGGGUAACUUGCAUCUUAUGCCAGUCUCUAAGCCGCACCUUCAAUUGCAAAAGUGGGCCAAGGAAUACGGGCCAAUCUAUUCGCUAGUUUUGGGCACCAAGACAAUGGUCGUGUUGUCCUCCGACACUGUUGUCAAGGAGGUGCUGGACAAGAGGAGCGGAAACUACUCAGACCGGCCAGACAUGUUUAUCGGACAGAGGAUUGCCAGUGGAAACCUCCGACUGGUCGUCAUGAGAUACGGCGACAACUGGCGUAUGAUUCACCGCAUGAUUCACAAUUUUCUCAACAUCAAGGCUGCCAUCACCUAUGUACCUUACCAAGAGCUAGAGAACAAAUUCCUCCUGGAAGGUCUUUUGGAUACCCCGGACGACCUACUCCGCCACGUCCGGAGAUUCACAUACUCUCUCUCCACCCAAAUGAUAUAUGGUUAUCGCUGCGUCAAUAACAAGGACCCGAAUCUCAUGCAGCUCUUUGAGAGUUUUGAAAAAUGGGGUGAGCUAUCAGGGAGUUCCAGCGCUCAAGUGGCGGAUCUCUAUCCAAUUUUGCAGAAGCUGCCGGAUUUCUUGGCCCCAAACGUUAGUUACGCUAAAAGCUUAUUCGCGGUCGAAAGAAAGAAUUAUGUCCACCACUGGAUGAAGUCAAAACAAGCGUUGGAUAGCGGCAAAGGCUUGCCUUGUUUCUGCAAUGACGUUUACAGAGCUCAAUCAAAGGAAGGCUUUGAUGACGAUGCGGCAGGCUACAUCAGUGGCUCACUACUGGAGGCAGGAUCGGAUACUACAUCGUCCACUUUGUAUGGUUUCAUUCAGGCCAUCCUCGUUUGGCCUGAGGUGCAACGCAAGGCUCAGGAAGAAAUCGAUCGCGUGGUCGGUCCUGAUCGUCUUCCAACAAUGGAAGAUUAUGAAAACCUACCGUACAUCCGCUGCUGUAUCAAGGAAAGCCUACGAUGGAUGCCUACGGUUAUUCUUGGCGUGCCGCAUGCUGCAUUGAAGGAUGACAAUUAUAUGGGCUAUACGAUUCCCCAGGGCGCUACAGUAGUGAACAAUGUCUGGGCUAUUCACAUGGAUCCUAACCGGUCUGACGAACCACGAGUUUUCAAGCCAGAACGGUUCACGGGCGAUAAUACUACCCUCUUUCAAUCUGCGAUGGGUGAUACGAAGAAACGUGACAACUUUGUUUUUGGAGCUGGCCGCCGCAUGUGCCAGGGUAUUCAUAUUGCCGAAAGAUCUCUCUUUUUGGGUAUUUCGCGCCUCAUUUGGGCAUUCAAUUUUUCCCCGGCCAAAGAUGAGCAGGGUCAGCUCUUUAACUACGAUGUGGAAGACCUUGUCGGGGGUAUCACGGUGCAGCCAAAUGAGUACCCGGUCCACAUCGAGCCUCGAUCUGCGGGUAAGGUAAAAAUUAUCAGAUCGAGCGUAGAGGAUUGCAAGAAGCUUCUGGAUCCACAAACCCUUCAGUGGAAGAGUGUGCCUGAGGGUAUGGCGUUCAGCACUUGGAUGCCAGAACACAUUGCGGCUUAA